AUGUGAAUGCGUCAUAACGCGUGCACGAAGAAAGCCGCCACUGAAAGUCGUGCUAAAAAGCUCAUUAAAAUACUAAGUUUCACAUUCGAAUAUAAAAAUGGAAACAAUGUCGAAUCCUUAUCCAAAAAAAAUGCACGACACUUAUGAAGAUGAGGAAGAGAGAAAACACUUUCAACGUAUUGUCUCAGCUUUUAAGUAUUACAAAAAUCAUUCACUACUAAGGGUUAAAAAAACAGAAUCCUAUUUGCUAUCACUUCCAGCUCAUCAUCAAAAAUUAUUAUCAAAAUAUAGAGAACAUUUGCAAGAAGUUAAAAGGUGUAUUGAAAAUAAUGAUGAGAUAAUUAAACUUAUCAUUAAGGAUGUAGCACAUAUUUUUGAAAAUGUGAGCCCAGCUACUGCACAGACUGAAAGUGUAAGAAAAGUUCACCUGACGUUAAAUCCUCGUCCAGUAAUGGCUGAUCAAGAAAAGGUCCAAGCUACAAUUAAGCAACUUGUUCGUGAUUGGAGUGUGGAAGGUACCGAAGAACGCAUGGCAUGUUAUCAGCCUAUUAUAGAUGAAAUUAUGAAUCAAUUUCCUUUAGAAUAUUGUACACCAUCAGAUGUGCAAAUUCUAGUACCUGGAGCGGGUUUGGGAAGGUUGGCAUAUGAAAUUGCAAGACGUGGAUAUACUUGUCAAGGAAAUGAAUUUUCUCUUUUCAUGCUCUUUGCUUCUCAUUUUGUAUUAAAUAAAUGUAGAGGAGUAAAUUCAUAUCAAGUACAUCCAUGGGUACAUCAAUAUAUGAAUAAUUUAAAACCAGAACAUCAAACGCAAGCUAUAUUUUUCCCAGAUGUAAAUCCUAGCGAUCUUCCAGAAAAUGCACAAUUUUCUAUGGCAGCUGGAGAUUUUCUUGAAGUUUAUACAGAAAAUAAUCAUUGGGAUUGCGUUGCUACAUGUUUCUUUAUAGAUUGUGCAAAUAAUGUUGUACAAUUUAUUGAAACUAUAUAUAAAAUUUUAAAACCCGGAGGAAUAUGGAUAAAUCUUGGUCCAUUAUUGUAUCAUUUUAGUGAUAUGCCAAUGGAAGAUUCAAUAGAACCAAGUUAUGAUGUUGUUCGCGAUGUAAUUCAAGGUUUUGGAUUUCAAUUAGAGAAGGAAGAAACACGUGUGAAAACUCGAUAUGCACAGAACAUUAAUAGCAUGUUGCAGUGUGAAUAUAAUAGCGUAUAUUUCGUUUGUCGAAAACCUAAAAGACAUAUAGAUAAUAUGAGUCAUAGAAAUGGCACUGAAAGUAAUGGUAUGCAAGAACAAGAAAAUUAAUUAAUGACGAUUUCCUGUAUUUUAUAUAUAAAAGAAAUUGAUGUAAUUGUAAAUGAAUUAUAUAAUAGGUUCAUUACUACUAAUAUAAAGCAAAGCUGUUAUACUUUAUAAAUCAAGUCAAUAUUAGAUAAUUUGAAUCUAGAAAAGAUAACAAAAAUCUUUAAAUAUUGUUAAAUAAAAGUUGAACUACUAUUUUUUUAUCAAGAAUUUUAUUUCGCUAUAACUGCUAAACAUAAUUGCUCUGUUGUUAAUAAAUUGGAUAAUAAAAUGUAGCUAUUUUUUUAAAUAUCGACAAAAGUUUGUACAAGUUCAAAAUGGUAACUCUACUUUAAUACUAAUAACAGUUUUGCAAUUUUUCUUUUGAGUUUCAAGGAUGUGAUUUAGCAUAUCAUUAAUGUUUAUUGUUUGAAAUAUUUACCAAAUAUCGUGAUGGUAUGAAAUAAAACUCAAUUUGGUUGCAUGUGCAUUAUAUGCAAUAUCCUUUUCAAUUGAUUUAAAAACAAUUUCAUUUAUUGUCAAAUUUAUGUUAUAAACCAAUUGUCUUUUUUAA